CGGUACCUCGGAGAGACGGCGAUCCUCCGUUCGUUCCACUUCGGCGCCUCGGUGCCUCGGUGCCUCGGUGCCUCGGUGCCUCGGCGCCUCGGUCGUUCGGAGCGAGGAAUCUCGCCUCGGAGCGGGUCGAUCCCACCGACGCCUCCACGGAUUCCGGCAUCUCUCGAGUUCGGACGGGGAGGCGAGAACGGGAUCCGGACACCACCGAACGGUCCGCAUCCGGAACGAGACGAAAGAGACGAACGACUCGAACGGUCGGCCGGAUCCGGCGCGAAUCUCCCACCGGAAGGGCGACGUCGCUCCGUCGACGCCGGACGAUGCCAUUCCCUCGCCGACGGAUUCGUUCCGCCCUCGGGCGAGCCUCCGACCGACGGGUCGAGGGCGAACCCGAAGGUCGUCCGAGGUCGUCCGAGGUCGUUCGAGGUUUCCGUUUCGGCACAGGACGGGAACGGACCCGGAAGGUGAAGGCGAUCGAGUGCCGGGCUUCGGAGAGAGACGGGACGGUGCAGAUCCGCUGGGAUCGGAGCGAGAGGAGUUCCGCCGAGUUUCCGUUCGUUUGGCUGAGGGAUAAUUGCCUCUGUCCUUCGUGCUUCGUCCCGAGCGCCCAGGCCAGGCUCGUCCUCAUGGAAUCCCUGGAUCCCGACGUCAGACCCCGAAGCGUCCACCUGGACGGAGAGGGCGAGAGGUUGGAGAUCGCGUGGGAAGACGGACACAGGUCCUCCUAUCCCGCGUGGUGGCUCGAGGAACGAGAUUUCGCGCCGGAAUCCAGGGAAGCGAGGCUGAGGGAGAGAACGAACGACAAGGAACCGUGGGGACGGGAAGCCCGCGUCCCCGCCUACGGAUACGCGGACGUCAUGGAACGCGACGACGUUCUCGAGCGGUGGCUCCUGGAUCUGGACACGUUGGGCGUGGCUCUCGUGGUGGAUGCACCCAGACGGACGGGAGAAUGCGCCGCUCUGGCCGAACGCAUCGCCUUUCUCACGCGCACCAAUUACGGGCGGGAAUUCACGGUGAGAGCGAAGGCGGAUCCCUCGAAUGCGGCUUACACGGGAGCCAAACUGGGACUCCAUCUCGACCUGCCUUACAUGUCCCACAUGCCCGGGGUCCAGUUUCUGCACUGCAUCGCGGCCGCGGAAGAGGGGGGAAAGAGCCAACUGUGCGACGGUUUCUACGUGGCCGAGACCUUGAAGGAACGAGACCCGGAUUCCUAUCGGAUCCUCACCGAAUUGCCCGUGGAUUACCUGGACGUCGGAUCCGAUCACGUUCCGUAUCAUCUCGUCCAUCGAGCUCCCAUCAUCCAGUCCGUUUCGAUCCCUCUUUCGUUCUCUUCGCGAAAAGAAGCCGCUCUUUCGACGAGUCCGCAUCGGGACAGGUUGGACGAGAAGGGGAAGCCGUACCGGAUGAAUUACAACGACCAAGUCAGAGAUUCGUGCUUCAACGUCCCUCUGGAGUCCGUGAAACCCCUUUACGUCGCUCUCAAGGCCUUCAAUACUCUCGCCUACGACAACUGCAUCGGUUUUUACCUCAAACCAGGAGACGUGAUGACGUUCGACAACCGACGAGUUCUACACGGAAGAGAAGCAUACGAGGUGAAAAAAUCCGGUGAGAGACACUUAGAAGGCGGAUACGUGGACUGGGAUUACAUCUAUUCUCGAAUUCGGCUCCUCCGCACCAUCAACUUCCCUCUUUCCUCGUGAUCCUACACCCUCCCCCUCCCCCCCCCCCU